GAACCCCGACCUCGACCAGAGUUAAACAAGGCAUUUGAAAUUCGUUCUCACUAGAUCUAAAACUAAUUCUAGUCUAGACCUUAGCUCGAAGAAAAUCUCUUUUGUUACCCCAUCCCUUUCAAUGAGAUGGCAUGGUCGCCGAAUCGAGCCCUCUCAAACCUGCUGAAGCGGCCUUCCCCAUGCGUGACGAGGACAAAGCAGCCCGGAUCGUUGGCCAACAGGCGAGCUCCCCUGCACCUGGCACCACCGUUCCUCCUUGAUGGCCCUUAUACUCCACGCUAUCUGCAGCUCUCCUCGGUCGAUGCGGCCCUCAAACGGUCGAGAGCAUAUGCCCACCUGCGAGAGUGCAAUCUGUGCCCCCGGCUCUGCGGCGUGAACCGCUACGAGACACUGGGCAUGUGCAUGAUCGGGGAGAAGGUCAAGGUCAAUGUAGUAGCCCCCCAUUUCGGUGAAGAGGCGUGUAUACAGGGCCAUAAUGGUAGUGGCUCCGUCUUUUUUAGCAUGUGCAACCUCCGCUGUACAUUCUGCCAAAACCACGAGAUCAGCCACGUUCGCAACGGCGAAGAUCUCACCCCCGAGGAUCUGGCCGAGUGGUACAUCAAGCUCCAAAACCUCGGUGGCGUCCACAACAUCAACCUGGUGACGCCAGAGCACGUAGUCCCGCAGGUGGUGCUGUCGAUCCUGGCCGCCGCCGAGAUGGGGCUCCGGAUCCCGAUCGUGUACAACACCUCGGCCUACGACAGCCUCGAGUCGCUCAAGCUCCUCGACGGGCUGGUCGACAUCUACCUGCCAGACUUUAAGCUGUGGAGCUCGGCAGAGAGCAAGAGGCUCUUGAAGGCUGAGGAUUAUCCUGAUGCGGCAAAGGAGAGCAUCAAGGAGAUGCACAGACAGGUGGGCGAUUUGUGCUUUUCGCCUGACGGGAUUGCCCGGAGGGGGUUGUUGGUUAGGCAUCUCAUCAUGCCGGGCCUGACGGGCGAGUCUGAGGAGAUUGUGAGGUGGCUGUCGACCGAAGUGUCCAAGGAUGCCUUUGUGAACCUAAUGGAUCAAUAUCGCCCAGCAGCCAACGUAGGAAAAGCUAAGAAGGCAAGGCUCUCCAAAGAUAGCCACGCCUCCAAGGACAAGGAGCUAUCAUCUACCCAAAGAAAAGAAGGGGUGCGCUAUGCGGAUAUUAACCGUGCCAUCACCAAUGAUGAGCUCUCCACGGUUCGCAAAACUGCAGAAGAUGCUGGCCUGUGGCGUUUUUGUGAUCCUCCUAAACAUGGUGGAUUUCACAUUUGAAUGAACAGGAGUAUAUCAGGAGUCAACCAGGUACGAUAGAACGUGAUAAACAUGGCGCCUGUCAGCGACGAGUAUGCCUUGAAGGCUUCAGAGUUCGUAAAAUAUUUCCCAAUUAACUCCGCAAAUGAGGUUUUAGAAUACACCAAGAUGCCCAAUAUCGUGACCAGCAUGGCUUCCUUGCUCGUUCUGCUCUAAAUGAACCGAGAUCCCUCCAGCCUUGGACCAGAUCAAGCAUUACUGGACUCGGCCUUGAUUGGCUCUUCGGCUGUCUCGAGUUUGGCGCCACCCUCCUCAGUGUCCUGAGCCUCUUCUUUAGAUUCUUCCUCAACAUCAGCCACGACAGACUCCUCCUUAACCUCGCUGUUCUCAUCAUUCGUGGCUGCGUCUCCCUCUUCCUCCUUGCCUGCUUCGGCCUUGUCUUUCGAAAGACCAAGGUUCAGCAAGACUGCGGUCUCGUUGAAGAUCCUCAACAACAUCGCAGAGCGGUCCUCCUUGGGAAGCAUCAGGUUUACCGAGUGGAAGCUCUUCCACAGCGGCAAGGCCAUCCGCUCCAUGUCCUGAUCCUCGGGGCCCGGCUCGAUUCGAAGCACACAGCAACCCAGACCAAUCUUCAACGCUGCUUCUCCAACCUCGCCGAGGCUCUUCCAGCCGCCAUCAGCCAGCUUGGGGAACAUUUCGAUCAAGAGCUUACGCAAGGUUUCCUUCUUGUUCAAGUAGAUGAUCCUCUCGGGCCCAACGUAGCCGUGUAGGAUACGCAUACCCUCUGACUGAAUGCGCCAUCCGCAAACCUCAGCUGAGGGAGCAUCCUGCUUCAUGAACAUCUUGACACCACCGUGUACAAAACGAACACCUCGCCCCUCGUUGGCAACCAGAAUGUCCCGGACUAGCUCUGACGUGUAGUAUAUGGCCUUUGCUGGCUCGCCCAUGGCAUUGCGAACCAUGAAACGGUCUAGCGGGAAACGGUCCGAGAACUUGUAAAAAUCUUUAACGGAUUUGAUCACCGAGUGGUCCGCAGGGAGAUACUUGAAAGGCUCCUCGUAAGGGCCCUCCUUCUUCUUCUUGCCUUGGUUGACUGGGGUAUUUUGGUUUGGAACAGGUUUCGACACCUGCGACUCUGAAGAGGUGGCAGUUUCCUUGGCUUCAGGCUCUUCCUGCUGUACCGUUUCUGCAACGUUGGUUUCCGCGGGAGCAGUGCUUUCUUCCUUCGGCUGGUCGAUCA